AUUCUUACUCUCAUCUGUAUAGCAAAGCGUGCCUUUCGUCUCUCAAGACAGCAUGGUCGAAUGGCGUUUCAGAAUCAUCGGCAGUAUCACGACCGAAAAAGAGCUGCUCGGUACCAGCAUCCCACCAGAAUGGCAGAUGUGGGAGGAAGCCUACUUCAAACGCGUGUCCGAAACACUUGCAGACUCCAAUCACACCGCAACGCUGAUUAACGAUGGAUGCGACAACGGAGACUCAGAACAGCUGAACUGCACCAAAACAUGCGGCAGCUCUGAGUAUAUGUUCAAGUCCCCACAGAACCUAUGGAACUGCAUGACUCUCUCGACUGUGGCUAUGAAGGUGGUUCCACAGCCAACUAACGACACGGUUAACCGUGAGAGUGAGAGUGAAAUGAAGGACAAGUUCCAUUUCGAAUCGUUACGCGACUUUCGAUACCCCUUUGGAAAGGUCCGUAAAUGCUUGUGGCAAUCCUGUUCUGAUUCCAAAUACGGGGCAUGUACGCCAGGUCUUGUCGACUAUCAAUGCGACCUUAUUAACCAGUUCACGGUUGAAAAGUUUGGCACCGUUCUUUCAACAAGCUACUGUAGAAAUGCAGACCCGGGCAUCGACUCUGACUUGGUGGGACAAGGAGUACUUAUAGCGUACAUCAUCCAGCACUUUCUCGUCUUAUUCUUUGGACUUUCUUUUGGCUUGACGUGUAGAUGGACAAGAACGAACGUCUGGGGGCGCGUGGGAGUAAUCUGGAGCAAAGGUAGCUCCUCAGCUUCUGACGCUAGGAGCCAAAAAGCUCAUGGGCUAACGAAGUGGCUCAUCCGAAUUCGCAGCCAGUUUCCUAGUGCGAUAAUAUCGACCUUAGUCGACCUUCAAGAAGCGCAGGCUUUGUUCACGGCAACCAUCUCCGUUGCCGCAAUUAUUGCCUUCCACGGCUACCUGGGCUUGGCCAGCAUUGUUUCCAUAUCUUCCUACGUCCUUAACAAUGAGAUCGCUCUUGGAGUGAUGAUCAUCGGCAUGAGCCCCCUCUUCUUGCUACAACUCAGUCUUGAUGCGUCAGGCAAUGCAUCCAUGUAUACACUCAUCUUCGUUUUUCUCAACUGGCUUUUGAUCCUGCUCAAAUGGAUUCUUCAAAGGGCGCAGGGAGCUUCGAAGUUCGAAGCGCAUCUUAAAGACUUGUCAUCAGUACCAGCAUGCGGCGACAAUCCCGGUGCCAUGUCAUACUGCAUGAACUAUGGGAUAACGACAGGUCUUGGUUACACCAAACAAAGUUUCAUUUUAGGCCAAGUGCUAAUUGCCCUACUUACGGUAUACUGGACACUAAGAUAUCUAGUCGCUCUGGGCAGUGAUUCGCUAGUGUACUAUUCCAGAGGCACGGGCUCAUGGUGGGCACGCACCAAGCCGGGCGCCAUUCGCCUGGCGCAAAGCCUCGAUAGCUUCUCCGUCUUUGAGAUCUUGGUUGCUCUGAUGGUAGUCUUAUCCGUCGUGGCAACGACUUUGGGUCUUACCGACUUAUUCGUGCUUCACCAAAAAUUGCACAUUCUAUACACGCCUCAAGGUGGACUGCCCUGGUCGUUUGGACAGCUCACUGCAGUGGCAGUUUGGUUUCCAGUAGUCUUUAAAUUCCUUUACUACUGCGGAGUGGAAGACGGAGUCCAGGCGCGCAUCGACAAGGACGAAUAUGUCGUGUCGCGGCGCGAAACUGCCAUUUCAGAAUUUCAGGAUUCCAAAGAACCUACGUCAGAGGGUGACCGCUUAAUUGAGCCCGUCAGCGCAAGUGAGACCACGUCUGGACUUGAGCGCUGAUGUGGAAACUCGAUGAGGCAUGUUUACUUCGACUUCAAAUCUGCAUGUCUGACAAUUAUUGAAAAUGAACUUUCGAUGUUCUUGUUUAGAGAAUGUGGCGGUUCAAGGCCAAGCUGAAAUUCCACACUAGCAAAUUCCCAUUGGUUCUUAUGUUUAAUAUACAUCUUCAACGCGUUA